AUGCCUACCUUUUAUGCGGACUCCAGCCUCCAAGAACAGCAUGACAGGGUUUACUACACCAAGUUCUCGGGCGCGCCGGUGUUGCCUCCCAACAUCGGCGAGGAGGAAUUUGCAACAAUCAUUACAAAGUUAAAGGUCAUUACGGGGGACAGCAACGUAAUUACAGGCGCGGAUCUAUCGCACUUCCGCGACCCGUAUCCUCUCAACGAGGAUGAACAUCAUCCUUCAGCUGCUGUCUGUCCCGGAAGCGUGGAGGAAAUUCGUGCGAUUUUGGAUGUCGCAAAUCAUCACAAGCUCCCUCUGUGGACGACAUCGAGGGGCAAAAACUUCGGAUAUGGAGGUGCUGCGCCUCGAGUAGCUGGUACGGUUGUCCUUGCCCUACACCGCAUGAACCGCAUCCUCGAAGUGAAUGAAAAGUUUUCGUACGUUGUCGUCGAACCUGGUGUGACAUUCUUCGAUUUACAGAAGUAUUUCGACGAUAAUAAGGUUGGUCUUUGGUGUUCAUGCCCUGCCCUCGGAUGGGGCAGCUUGAUGGGAAAUACUUUGGACCGGGGACACGGGUAUACGAUCAACGGGGAUCGUCAGCACUCCAUCAAAAGUAUGGAGGUCGUUCUUCCCAAUGGAGAGCUGCUCCGGACCGGACAAUGGGCGAUAAUAGACUCCCCCAAUGCGCAUUGUUGUGCCAACAGCUUUGGUCCGCAGAUAGAUGGGCUUUUUCUUCAAAGUAACCUGGGCGUCGUUACAAAGAUUGCUAUCGAGAUAGACACGGCACCACCAGCGUAUAUGAGUUUUGCAGUGCACGUGCCGAACGUUGAACAUCUGGCACCCCUGAUCGACACCUACCAUGACCUUCUUCGCGACAAAGUGAUGCAGAAUCAAGCUCUCAUUGUAAAUAUCAAUCACUUUGCAUCUCAUGCCAGUCAGAAGCACGAAUACCAACGCGCAACCGGCCCUUUGACUCCAGAAACAAUCGCCACGCUCAUCGGAAAGUUCGGUACAGGCUACUGGCGAAGCAUCUUCGACCUGUACGGGCCGAGGAGCAUGGUUUUGGCCAGAGCGGCCAUUAUUGAAACGGCGAUAGGGAAGGCGGUGCCCGGUGUGAGGAUAGAGAAACAUCUCGUCGAGGGCGAGAAUGGAAAGCCCGUGGACAAUAAGAUUGUCGGCACCCUUGGCGCGGGAUUUCCAUCGAUGCGGGCUAUGUCUCUUGCAGAUUAUGAUCUUGCUAAAGGAGAUGAUCUUCCAGGCGCACAUAUUGAUACGACAUUGAUUCUGCCUUCGAACGGGCAGGCUGUGAGUGAGUGGUUCACAGGAGCGCACGCUCUGAUGGAGUCAUAUGGCAUUGACCCUUUUAUUGGGUGCCACGUACUGGACAAGCACGUCCUCUUCGUCCAAGAGUACGUCUUUGACCGAAGACAGCAUGACCAUCGCGAGCGUGGCCAGAAGAUGAUCUGUGCGCUUCUUGCCAAGGCCAAAACCAAAGGCUACGUUAGCUAUCGCUGCCAUCUCCAAUAUAUGGGUACGUUGCUGAUGUCGAUGUCCAAGUAUGGCCGCAUUAACCAUGUCAGAUGA